AAAUGCAUCAACACUUUAAAUAUUAAUACACAGCCAUCUCACUCAGUCAAAGUCGGUAACUUACCGCUGUUCUAUGAUCAAAUUAUUACCUACCUGCAUGAACAAACAACAAUAAGCAGCUGCCUAAUAAACAUUGUUCUUUUUUCUGCACGUUGCAGAGUGCUCACAUAUAUCCAACAGCGACACAGCCAGCAACAAUAUCAUGAGCUUCAGGAAUGAAUACGAAGAACAGGUGCGAGCCUGGGGCUUCAACCGUGUUGUUACUUGGAGUGAUUCCCCAAACACUCACUAUCCACCUCAUUCUCAUGCGUCCUUGACUACCCAUCUAAUCACCCAAGGGUCGAUGACCUUGUGGUAUCCCCAAGAGGAAGACAACCAGAAGCAGCUAUACACCGUUGGAUCACGUAUUGAUGUUGAUGCGGGAAGAGUUCACGAAGUUAUCAUCGGAGGGAGUGGGUGUACCAUGGUAAUUGGUGAAUGAAGGAUUCCACAGUUUCAAUAUUUCUAAUUUUCAACAAUAUCUCCGAUUG